UGGUUCAUGAGGCUGGACUCUUUACAGCCUUAAAUAGUUUCAGCCUCAGUCUACCACAACUCUUUUGUCUGCUUCUCUGUCGACUUCACAAAGGGACUUUUUCUUUCAAACUGUUGUGAUUUCAGAUCACAAUGUCUGCAAAGGCAAAGAAGACUUUGACUGAUAAUUCAGUCCAGAUCGUUUUAAUUGGUGCUACUGGCUCUGGUAAGAGCUCUUCUGGAAACACAAUAUUGGGCAAAAAACUGUUCAAAUCAGAAGCAUCUGCAAAGUCUGUGACACAGGAAUGUGAAAUUGCUACAGAGAUAAUCAAUAACUGGAAGGUUACAGUAGUAGAUACUCCAGGCUGGGACUGCACUGCACUCACUGAAUGUGAGGUCAUGUCCCAAAUAAAACAGGCUCUACAACGUCUUGAUGGACCUUUCUCCUUUCUCCUGGUCAUACGUGUUGGCUCAAUGGAAUCUGAAGAAGAAAUUAGCAAAAUCUCUGAACUUCAAAAGGUGCUUGGCUGCACCUUUCUGGAUCACACCACAAUCCUGUUUUCACGCAAUGAUGACCUUGAGGGGAAAGAUUUUAAGGAGUUUAUUAAGGAAGGAGGUAAAGUGUUUCGUAAUCUGUUAAAGCAAUGUGGUAACAGAUACCACUGCUGGAACAAUCGAGAUAACAGGUCUGAUGAGGCAGUGGAAGAACUGCUAAAGAAUUUAAAAAAGACAGAAAUGAUAAAUCCAAGUUCCCAAGCAGAAAACCCUUCUGCUUUCUCCUCUUCUGGUGACCAGCAAGAAAAUGCAGUGACUAAUAGAAAGAGAUCUGGAGACGCAAUCGGCUCAGAAAUGGGUAUGUCUGAAAAUCAAAUCAGAGUUUUAUUCCUUGGAAGGAACAGAGUGGGAAAGACUUCAAGCAUCAAAACCCUUCAUGAAAAAUGCGUACGACAUGAAAUCGUCGGAGGUUCAAUUUAUACAUGCUCAAUCUCUGGACUGAGUCUGAAGCUGAUAGAAUCUCCUGGCUUUGAUGAUAAUCUGAAACAAAUUCAGGAGGCCAUCUUCAAAUCUGUGUCCGAUUGCUCUCCUGGACCUCAUGUCAUUAUUAUAGUGCUCAGCGUGGAGCGCUUCACUCCAGCAAUAAAGACAGCCAUGAAACAUGUACAAGAUUGUCUUGGACGAAAUGCCAGAAAAUACACAAUGAUUCUCUUCACUGGAGUGGAUAAUUUGGAAGGAAAACCCAUUGAAACCUUCAUUCAAGAGAAUCAACAUCUCAAUGAAUUAGUGAAAAUACAUGAGAACAGAUUUCAUGCACUCAAUAACCGAGACACCACCAAUAAGCCCCAAGUGGAUGAACUGCUGAAGAAGAUCAAUUUAAUGUAUGAACAAAAUCAUAAAGAAUAUUACACAGAUUCUGAUCACAAAAAAGGAACGCCAUCUUCAAGCAGUGGUUGGUUUAGUCAUGCAAAAACAACGGUCACAACUCAUUUAACAGGAAUCAGGACUCAUCUGGGAUGGUCUGAUUAGCCUAACAAGGAGGUUCGGGGUUCAACUCUGUGGACUGACUAGAGGACUUUCUGUGAGAGGAUUGCAUGUUCUCCUCGUGCCUGCAUACCUCGUCCUUGGAGUGCUCUGGUUUCCUCCCACACUCCAAAGACAUUAGACCUAAUGACUAAACUCACCAUAGGUGUGAGUAUGAGUGUGAAUGGCUGUCUGUCUCUCUGCAUUAGGCCCGUGAUAGAGUUAGGGCGAUCUGUCCAGGUGUACCCCACCUCCUGUCCAGUGUCAGAUGGGAUUGGCUUCACCUCAUCCAUGACCUGUUAUGGAUAAGCAGUAUAGAAAAUAGCUGGAUGAUGUAAAACCACUAUCAGCUCACUCUCUCUUGGUGUGGUUAUGUGAAAUGUACUAUACAUUGCAAUUCAUGCUUGUUAUUUUUCCUUUUUGAUUGUAAACCAAUGUAUAUUGCACUUUCUUGUAAUACUAUCCAUUGUAUCAUGAAAUUUUACAGAUAUCAUAACAUUAUCAUUUGUAUUUACUGGCUUGUUUUGUGAUUCGUGUUUGUAGCUCCUCAACAAUAAACAAGAAUAAAAUACAGAUAAACUGCAACUGUUCAACUGCUGAUUUUCCCCCCACAAUUUUUUAAAUAAUGUCUACAGCAUAUAAUUUGUACAUUUUAUUGGCAUUAUGUUUUAAAAUGGGGCAGGGAUAUAUGAUUCAGUGAUUCGUCUGAGUAUUUGUUUUAUUUUUGAUGCUAGGGUUUUUGUCAUUAAUCAGCCAUAAUAAAAACACUUGGAAAAAUAAA